CGUGACGUUUGAAUUUGCCAGUACCCUAUGUACAACGGCGAACCCGCGUAGGCUGAAGCGCUGAAAGCUGCCAUCAUUUUCGAAUCUUCAGCGUAUUACAUAAUAGAUCGUGUUGAUCCUUAUAGGUCCAACCAUUAAUCGUUAUUGUCGUCGUCUACCCUAGUCAUUGUACGGCGAUGCGGUUCUCUGUCCUUGCGUAUAUUACGUUGGCAGCUGCCGCAGCCCCACCACCGGUUACUAGCUCCAGUUAUAUCGAAGAUGGCCGGUCCUCCAACAAAAGCGUUAGUAUCGAGGAAGGAUGGGAAGCUGUGAAGGACGCAAUACACGGUCAAUUUCAUCACCUACUCAUCCCUGAAAGGCGCUGCUUACAACCUAACAGAAGGACUUCAUUCUUUGUCUGAUUCAGUACACACGUGGUACGACGGACUGCACGUUUCAGACA